AUGAGGGUGGAACUAGGGAAAGUCCCUGAUGGUAUAUUCCUGAAGGACCCAACGACGUAUGGCAAUUUAUUCCACAAAUACAAAUGGCCUGAAGUUCAGAGACAUCUGGAAGUGCACAAGAUGGAAUUAACAGAAAUCAUUAACCAGAACGUGGAGCUUAGAAUACACGAGAUUGAAAAUAACUGCACUGACAACAUCAAAAUAGAAAGGGCACUGUUUGAAAACGUCGAAACCAACGUUUUCUCUACUUGGUCUGCUAAAGGUAUGCCUGAUGAAGAUGUUUUCUACGAUGUCAUUAUCAAUUAUGAGGGAAGUCAAUUCAAGUAUCAAAAUAAAUGGAGAGAUAGCUCUUUGAAAAGUAAAUUCGUGAACUUCGGCAAAUCCAUCAAUGGAAUCCUGUUUCUGAAGCCCGGACAAACUUUUGUCAAGAAAUUGACCGCUACAAAAACUGUAUUUGUACUAAAAAUUGAUUAUAGAGCAAGAAUGAUUGGCAAUAUUAUUGGUGAUUAUGAAAAUUUGUACGGAAAAUACCACUUCUGGUCUCCUACUAUUGAAAAUAUCAUGCGGGCUGGUAAAAUUCCGAACGAAAUAAUGACGAGUGAGAAAAUUGAAAUACGGUGCUUUACUGAUCCAAAACUGGAGAUAUUUGAUAAGGAUACCGGGCAAGCAAUGCCUCUAAGGAAGAAAAGGAGGCUGUUCUGGAAAUCAAAACCAAGAUUUACGUGGUGA